GCACUGGAAAGAACCUUUCUCGGCUACCUCAGAACCUCGCUGGCGCUGUCGAUGAUAGGGAUCACCGUUGCGCAACUCUUGCAACACUCGCCGACCCCGAAUUUGGCCUUUGGCUUUUACGUCCUUGGUAAACCAUUGUCUGGUAUCUGUCAAGGAGCAGCAAUCUAUACCCUGAUCAUUGGUGCCUUUCGAACAUGGAGAUCCCAAAAUGCUAUUGUGAGGGGUAAGGCUAUCUCGGGAGGCUUCGAGAUUGUCGGGUUAGCGGCCGGCAUCCUGCUGAUUCUACUUAUGUUCCUAGUCCUGCUGAUUGCAGUUGACGUCUCUAAAGAAGAUGCCACCUGA